AGCGGACCCGAACGGCGGCGGCGCAGCGCAGCGGCCGAGAGGGCCGGAGGCGGCCGAGGCGCCCGGCGCAGACGCUGGUGCCUCUCCCUCUGCCAGUUGCUGAGUGGCCAGAACCUGGUCUCUCUGGGUGCCAGGGAGCCCCCGUCCCACGCUGCUUCCCGCCAACACCUCUGAUUGAGUGCCCAGAGGGAUGUGUGUGCCAGCCAUUGGUCCAGUGCCUGCUCCCGAGGUGACGCCUGCUGGUUCCCGACUGGUUCCCAUUUUCCCUCUGCACGUAGCUCCCUGGUUGCAAAAACUUAUUCCUGUUGACCAGCAUCUCUGCCAAACGUGGCCUGACUACUGAUUCUCCAGCCUGAGCAGUGGGGUGCUAGGGCACCGCAAGCACAGAGUCAGGAGACCUGAGCCCCUUGCAGCCUCCACCUGCUGUGUGACCUUGGGACAGCUGCCGCCCGGGAGAGGCAACCCGGGCGCCCCACUAGGGCAACGGCCCCUGCCCCGAGGGCUGGGAUCAUGAAAGGCCUCGGUGACAGCCGCCCCCGCCACCUCUCCGACAGCCUGGACCCACCACAUGAGCCCCUGUUUGCAGGGCCUGACCGCAACCCCUAUCUGCUAUCGCCCACGGAGGCCUUUGCCCGCGAGGCUCGCUUCCCUGGCCAGAACGCUUUGCCUGGAGAUGGUCUCUUCCCACUCAACAACCAGCUGCCGCCUCCAAGCAGCACCUUUCCCCGCAUCCACUAUAACUCCCACUUCGAGGUGCCGGAGGAGAGCCCCUUUCCCAGCCAUGCCCAGGCCACCAAGAUCAACCGGCUACCCGCCAACCUCCUGGACCAGUUUGAGAAGCAGCUGCCCAUCCAUCGCGAUGGCUUUAGUACGCUCCAGUUCCCCCGUGGUGAGGCCAAGGCCCGUGGUGAGAGUCCUGGCCGCAUCCGCCACCUGGUCCACUCAGUCCAGCGGCUCUUCUUCACCAAGGCACCCUCACUGGAGGCCACGGCAGGCAAGAUUGGUGGCAAUGGCAGCAAGAAAGGUGGCCUGGAGGACGGCAAGGGCCGGAGGGCCAAGAGCAAGGAGCGGGCCAAGGCUGGGGAGCCCAAAAGGCGUAGCCGCUCCAACAUCUCGGGCUGGUGGAGCUCUGAUGACAACUUGGACGGUGAGAGUGGCGCCUUCCGCAGCAGUGGCCCAGCCUCUGGGCUGAUGACGCUGGGGCGACAGGCGGAACGCAGCCAGCCACGCUACUUCAUGCACGCCUACAACACCAUCAGUGGGCACAUGCUCAAAGCAGCCAAAAACACCACCACCGAGCUGACUGCCCCACCACCCCCUCCUGCACCCCCAGCUGCCUGUCCCAGCCUCGGGGUGGGCACUGACACCAACUAUGUCAAGCGGGGCUCCUGGUCCACUCUGACCCUCAGCCACGCCCACGAGGUCUGCCAGAAGACCUCAGCCACCUUGGAUAAGAGCCUGCUAAAGUCCAAAUCCUGCCACCAGGGUCUAGCCUACCAUUACCUGCAGGUGCCCGGCGGCGGCGGCGAGUGGAGCACCGCGCUGCUGUCCCCGCGCGAGGCGGACUCCGCAGCCGAGGGCCCCAUACCCUGCAGGCGCAUGCGCAGCGGCAGCUACAUCAAGGCCAUGGGUGACGAGGACAGCGACGAGUCCGGCGGCAGCCCCAAGCCCUCACCCAAGACGGCAGCGCGGCGCCAGAGCUACCUGAGGGCCACGCAGCAGUCGCUGGGAGAGCAGAGCAACCCCCGCAGGAGUCUGGACCGCCUGGAUUCAGUGGACAUGCUGCUGCCCUCCAAGUGUCCGAGCUGGGAGGAGGACUACAAUCCCGUCAGCGACAGCCUCAACGACUCCAGCUGCAUCAGCCAGGUCCCACAUCCAUGUUUCUCUCUGAGUCUUCCUCUCUCAGACAACUCAUCUUCACCUCUGCCUGGCCCUGGCAUCUGGAAGGAACACUUUUGUCCUUUGGCUACACAAAAGAGCACAUGGAAUCAGCCAGGCUGGGGAUGCCACCAGAUUUUUGGACAGGCCUCCCUGAUCCCCCAGUUGUUUGGCCAUGAGCAGCAGGUACGGGAGGCAGAUCUGAGCGACCAGUAUGAGGCAGCCUGCGAGUCGGCCUGCAGUGAAGCAGAGUCUGCAGCAGCGGAGGCACUGGACUUGCCGCUGCCCAGCUACUUUCGCUCCCGCAGCCACAGCUACCUGCGGGCCAUCCAGGCGGGCUGCUCGCAGGAGGAGGACAGUGUCUCCCUGCAGUCCCUCUCCCCCCCGCCCAGCACUGGCAGCCUCAGCAACAGUCGCACGCUUCCGAGUUCAUCAUGUCUAGUGGCUUAUAAGAAGACCCCACCACCGGUCCCUCCACGUACCACGUCAAAACCCUUCAUCUCUGUCACAGUCCAGAGCAGCACCGAGUCUGCCCAGGACACCUACCUGGACAGCCAGGACCACAAGAGUGAGGUGACAAGCCAGUCGGGCCUCAGCAACUCGUCAGACAGCCUGGACAGCAGUACCCGACCGCCCAGUGUGACACGGGGUGGAGUCAUCCCAGCCCCUGAGGCCCCGGAGCCACCCCCAAAACAUGCAGCUCUGAAGAGUGAACAAGGGACGCUGACCAGCUCUGAAUCCCACCCUGAGGCCAUCCCCAAAAGGAAACUGUCAUCUAUAGGAAUACAAGUUGACUGCAUUCAGCCAGUGCCAAAAGAGGAGCCCAGUCCCGCUACCAAAUUCCAGUCCAUCGGGGUUCAGGUAGAGGACGACUGGCGAAGCAGCGCCCCCUCUCACAGCAUGUCCUCCCGACGGGACACCGACUCAGAUACCCAGGAUGCCAACGACUCAAGCUGUAAGUCAUCUGAGAGGAGCCUCCCGGACUGUACCCCACACCCCAACUCCAUCAGCAUCGAUGCCGGCCCUCGGCAGGUCCCCAAGAUUGCCCAGAUCAAGCGCAACCUCUCCUAUGGAGACAACAGCGACCCUGCCCUAGAGGCAUCCUCGCUGCCCCCGCCUGACCCCUGGCUCGAGACCUCCUCCAGCUCCCCGGCAGAGCCAGCACAGCCAGGGGCGUGCCGCCGGGACGGCUACUGGUUCUUGAAACUACUUCAGGCAGAAACAGAGCGGCUGGAGGGCUGGUGCUGCCAGAUGGACAAGGAGACCAAAGAGAACAACCUCUCUGAAGAAGUUUUAGGGAAAGUCCUCAGUGCUGUGGGCAGUGCCCAGCUACUGAUGUCCCAGAAAUUCCAGCAGUUCCGGGGCCUCUGUGAGCAAAACCUGAACCCUGAAGCCAACCCGCGUCCAACAGCCCAGGACCUGGCAGGGUUCUGGGACCUGCUACAGCUGUCCAUCGAGGACAUCAGCAUGAAGUUCGAUGAACUCUACCACCUCAAGGCCAACAGCUGGCAGCUGGUGGAAACCCCCGAGAAGAGGAAGGAAGAGAAGAAACCACCCCCUCCAGUCCCAAAGAAGCCAGCUAAAUCCAAGCCGGCAGUGAGCCGCGACAAGGCCUCCGAUGCCGGGGACAAGCAGCGUCAGGAGGCCCGCAAGAGACUCCUGGCGGCCAAGCGGGCGGCUUCUGUGCGGCAGAACUCAGCCACAGAGAGUGCGGACAGCAUCGAGAUUUACGUCCCUGAGGCCCAGACCCGACUCUGAGACCAGGAAGCGGGAAGCAAACAAUUUUAAGUCAUUAAAAAAACAAAAAAAACACAAACUAAAUGUGAAUGGAACACAAUUUUCUCAACCUUUAGGAUGGUUAUUCUGUCCAGAGACCCUGAGCCAACUUUCAAAUUGACACAUACAAGGGCUCACGAUUUGGCUUUUUUGGGUCCCUUCCAGCUUUAGGUUUAUGAAGACUUCAUACAAAAGAAAGUCAACAAAAAUACGAAACUAUAAAACGUUUUUCCCCCUCUUGCUGGCCGCGGUGGACUAGGUAGACGGACCUCGGCAACUCCCGGCCCAGCCUCCGGACUGCGGUCUUUUUACUUGUUCUAUCUAACGGGGACUCGCACUAGCUUGUUUACAAGACGAGGACAGUCCGAGGACAGCCUGGGGCCCCUGCCAUGUCCUUCCUUCUCCUCCAGCCACCCUGCUCUGACCUUGCAGUUUUCAUUCUUACGUUUUUCUCUUUUCCCUUCAGAGCCCACACAGGGGUCACCGUCCUAGCUGCCGGCUUGCUGGUUCUCAGCCCUGUUUGUGGUUGAGAGCCCAGAGGACAGAGGUGGAUAUGCACCCCUGCCCAAGUGCUCACACACACUCACGUGCACACGCAGGUACAGGCUCCCCACAGCAGAAGCAGCCAGCCCCAGGCAAGGGGACGGGGGUCCUCGCCUCUCCGAGAAGGGGAGGAGGGUUGAAGUCUUUGGGGAAAAAAUGAGAUAAAAGCCACAGUUAUCACACUCCAGACUCCCGCCUUUUUCUUCUCACCAACCCCCUCUUCCUUCAGUAAAAUGUUUGAUUCAGAGUGACUUGCAGGGGACGCUCGAGAGAGGAACCCCAUUUUCCAGGGGCUGUCUGUCCCUGGCCAAGCCUGUGUACAGUACCUGAGGGGCGGGCGGCUGCGUCUGUACGUAUGUGUACAUAUGCACAUAGACCUUAGAGUGUAUAUUUAACAAACGCCCCUCUGCUCACCCAUGCCCACCAGCGCCGCCGCUGGCUCUCGGGGCACCUGGCAGGAGGCGGGUGUGUGAAUAGCAUAUAUUUUUACAUGUACUAUAUCUAGGUGUGUGUACAAGUGUGUGUAAAAAUAUAUACCUUGUGUGUAAGCGGCCUUUUUUUGGUCUCCCACCUGCCCCCUGCCGUGGGCCCAUCUGCCCAGCCUCUUGAGUUUUCUGGGGUUUUGUUUUUUGUUUGUUUUUUUUUUACCCCAAUAUUCCUUCUCUCUCCCUGCCCCCCAGCCCCACUCCCAGGGUGUCAUGAGCCCUGAGCUGCAAUGGCCCGGGCCUGCAGGGUUGGGGGCAGGCAGGGCGAGGGGGAGGCCCAGCCCUCAGUGAGCUCAGUGCACGAGGAGGGCUGCUCUCUACCAUGGAGACAGAGCUGGCAUUAGAGACGUCCUCGUGUCUGGCACUUGCUGCAGGGGCCCCGGGUGAACUGAGGGCCUGCUCUGGGGCCCCAUUCCAGCUUGGCCGCCGUCUGUGACCUUGGGCAAGUCACUUGACCUCUGUGUGCCUCAACUUCCUCCUCUGUAAAAUGGGGACAGUCCCUGCCCCUCCCUACCUCACAGGCAUGUUGUGAGAAUAAAUGAGGUAACGUGUA